AUGAGUAUUCCGAAACCAACUUUCGUUCAUCCUGGCUCUAUUUUUGACAAACUCGCAAUCUCACAUCUAAUAGUAUUUCGUGGAAUGCAUUCCGACGAUCCGCCAAAUCUACCUUAUAUUUUAUGUGUCUUUGGGAAUUGUGCAAUUUUUCUAAUGACUUUUGGAUAUCAUCGGAAAUAUCGGCGGAAUCGUUCGAAAUCGGUGAGUUUCAUUUUGUUUUUGAUCUCUCAAAUGAGUUAGUUUACUUGCAGCAGAGUAUGAUUCAAUCUACCAUCGAACAAAUCUAUUUUGUCACAAUAAUCCCAUCAAUCGGUUGUUGUCUAGUAGUUUUUCACGUCAUUCUCACCUCAAUAUUCCAUUUCCUCCCCGAAUACGACAAAAACAUAUUGAAUUACGAUUUUUAUCCGAAUGAUUCUUAUCGAGAAAACCUAUAUAAAUUAUUUUGCGCUGUUCAAUAUGUGUUUUUGAUCGGUUUAGCAAUAAUAAUCAUAAGUUAUCUUAUAUUCUCAAAUAUGCUUGAUGUUUUGAUAACUUUGUUAGCAGUUCAACGAGCUGUUAUCAUAUUUUUGGAUGAGAAAUGGCAUUUUCUAGUUGGCCGUCGGGCUUUUCAAAUAAAUACCACUAUUAUUUGGGGUGCACUUAUUUUGCAGCGAGUUUUCGUAAUUCAAAAAGGUUAACGGUGGACCAAUAAGUAUAAAUUUCUAUUAUUUUUCAGCUAUUGGAAUUCACAAUAUUGGAAACUACCCGGGAAUUGUUCAAUACUACAAUUACACCAUUAUUCUAUCGAUAUUCCUCUCAUUUUUCUGCACAAUUUUAUACAUUUCACUAUUCUAUCACCUCUUCAAACAACGAAACAAUGCCCAAUUUUGGAAAGUUCCUGAAAUCGCAUUUUUAUACGAAGGUGUUCCGGUGUUGAUUUCUAGACUUAUCGUAUCAAUUUAUUCGCUUGAACCUCUCUCAAAAGAUUCGGAUUUUCAUAGCGUGAACAUUUAUAAUUACGAAAUACGAUAUCGAAUUAUAUCGCUUGCCAUUGUUCAAUUCACUUAUCUAUUCGACAUCGAGACAAUGAGAAAUGUUUUCAGGAAAAAAAAUUGCGUUGACUUGAGUCCAACAACUAUAAUCCAAUCGUCAGUUUAG